CCAGCCGGCUGAUCCCACACGAGGCAAAAUGAAAUCCUUCCUCCUUGCCAUCGCUGCCGUGCAGAUCCUCCACUGCUCAGGAGUGCCAAGCACCAAGGAAGCUCUGAGAGCCUCAGUUGUAAAGCUGAAUGAAAUCACUGAGAUCACCAACCUCUGUGGUAUCACCGGCAGAAGAGGGAAGAAUGUCUAUCGCACGGGUAAACUGUCAUACAACGUGGAUCUAAUAUUUUCAGUGAAAGAAACCGUCUGUUCCAAAAAUUCCGGACUGGAAUUUGAUGAUCGCAGCUGUCACUUCCGUUCCAAAAAGGCUGCUGCAAAAGGAUUCUGCAAAAGCCAUGUUGAAUACUUUGCUGACAAGAUUGUUGACAUUGAUGUGGAGUGUCGAGGUUUGAGGACAAUUGACAGCAAAAGUUAUUCAUUCGAGUCAAGUGAAAAUAGCAUUGAGCUGAAAGCCAAGAGAACACCUGUUCGAGAAGUCUACAAACGUGUAAAGCAAGUCAAAAGAAUUGUUGGCUGAAGAAUCUUCAAAUGAGCACAAGAGGAUUCAAGAGUCAAAAACCAAACAUGAAUGAAAUGCCUGAAAGAUCAAGUGUGAACACAAGAAGACCUCAUUCAGAUUAGAGAAAAAUUUAUCAAUUGUAUUUAUUCAUAUAUAAGUG